AUGGUAAGACUUCUGCUCACCCUUCCAGGUGUCUUGGACACGGAAGAUGAGAGCAGUGGGUCAUCUUGGUACUAUUCUGAGGAGACUCUAGAGCCAAGAUUUAUCGGGUGGCGGGCCCGUGGUGGCAAGUGGGACAUGUACCUGGUGGCUCACAACCCGGUGAAGUUGGUGGGCCACCAGCUCUCUUCCCCAAAUAGUAGCCAAGCAAAGGCCAGACUAUUCUUGAUCCCAGUAGGCAGAGGUGUGAUGGAAUCAGCAGAAGGGAGUUGUGGAAAUGCAAUGGAUAAAGGUGAAUUAGAACCAAUAAUAGAGCCAGGAUCAAUACAUUCUGUGUUGGAAAGUGAGAAACCUAUGACUCAAGAGGGUUGGGAUGCCUCCCAAUGUAAGUUCAUCAAUGGGAGAUACACAUAUCAAGAUACUGAUGGCAAGAACUAUUAUUGGGAUUCUGAAUCCAACCAAUGGAUUGUGUUUGCUGGUCCUGGUGAUUCAGAAGCAAGAGCAGAAGGUAAUCAAGCCACGACUCUGUCUGGUACUGCUGAGAGUCGUACUGAUAAAAGACACUAUGAGGUGGUAGACAAUCAGUACUACUACACAGAUCCUGACAGUGGUCUUCGAUACAUGUGGGACACCGUGAAGAACUUGUGGGAAGAAGUAGCCAGAGAAGCAAACCGAAGUGGGACAACUGACAAUUCAUCUGGAAAGGACUGCUCCGAAUCUUGUUUGGAACCCCAUUCCAAACUUCAACCCUCAGCUGCACCCCCUGGGCAUACUGGAGACCGACAGGCAGACUAUUUUUAUGAAGGAAACAGUGUUUUGUACAGGGAUCCUUCAGAUGGGACUGUUUAUGAAUGGGAUACAAAUAAGCGUGCAUGGUUUCCUCGUAUCACUGAAGACUUUUUGGCCCUUUACCAUCUCAACUAUGGCACACAAAAUCAACCUGAUGGUACUUUUGGCCAUGAUUCAGAUGGCCAGAAAACCUCUCCAGAGGCAAAAUCUGCCACUGUGAAUCAACUGGCAUCCAAUCAAAAGAUAGGGGAUGAGAAAGAAGUAGCUGAAAAUGAAGUGAGUCUCAGGGAGAGAAAGAAGAGGCCAGUUCCAAAUCCUCCAGAGUGGUUUGAGAUGGAUGAUCAGCGCAAUACUCAUGUGUAUAUCUCAGGCCUUCCAUUGGACAUCACUGAGGAAGAGUUUCUGGAGACGAUGCAGAAGUGUGGCCUUGUUAUGAAAGAUCCUGACAAAGGAAAGAUGAAGGUGAAGCUGUACAAAGAUGCAAAUGGGCAAUUAAAAGGUGAUGCACUGUGCUGCUAUAUCAAAAUUGAGUCUGUGGAUCUGGCACUUCAGAUUCUUGAUGGAUAUGAUCUGAGAGGGCAUACACUUCAUGUUGAGAGGGCCAGAUUCCAGCUCAAGGGACAGUUUGAUCCUUCACUGAAACCUCGAAAAAAGAAAAAGAAGGAUAAGGAGAAACUCAGGAAACAACAGGAGAAGUUGUUUGCUUGGAAACCAGAGAAAUUGCGAGGAAUGAGAGAUCGUAAUGAGAAGGUAGUGGUCAUCAAGAACCUCUUUGAUCCUGAAGACUUUGUGGUAGACCCAAAGAAGAUCCUAGAGUAUCAGAAUGAUCUUAGGCAAGAGUGUUCUAAGAUUGGACAAGUGAGAAAAGUGAUUGUGCAUGAUAGACACCCAGAUGGAGUGGCUCAGAUAUUCUUCAAAGAUGUUGAGGAGGCUGACAUGUGUAUUAAGUUGAUGAAUCACAGGUUCUUCUGUGCCAGACGUCUUUUGGCUGAGACUUGGGAUGGGAAAACCAAGUUCAAAUUGGAUGAAAGUACACAGGAAGAACAAGAGAGGUUGAGCGAUGGGGUAAAGACGUCAUUGAGAAGACCCACCAAUGGUGAGACUACUUCUGCCAUCACUGAGCAUAUUGAUGGAAAAGGAGAGCAACAAGUUGUUAGUUGCAAAGCAACCAAAGGUGAAAAUUCCAUCUGGAAGGUCACUGAUGCUUCUCACAUUCAAGUAAGGGACUGUGACUCAAAGGAAGAACAGAAAUCUCAAAAUGAGCAGUCAUGUCACCAGAAAUGCAACCAUAUUCCACCUUACUCAAGCCUGAUUGAUGCCCUUGGAUUGGGAGGUCUUCUAGCAUUUGCAUGGCAUGUGAGCAGGAAAUUUUACCUCUCACAUAAUCAUGAAGAAAGGGAAGUGAAAGGACCAACUCGCCCAGGAACGUGGGAUUUCUUGAAUAGACAUCCACUGAGCCUUAUUCUUUCAGCUGUUGCUUGGGCACAGCCACCAACAUAUGCUGUGACAAGCAUCUUACCAAAGCCAAUUGAUAUAAAUGAGUCAAGUUCAAAUGAAGAGAGAAAUCAGGAAGCUGAGGAGAGUAGAAAAGCAUUGGUCUUUGAUUCCAGUUUGGUCUCUUCUGCAAGGGAGGAGCUGGAUCAAAUUAAGAGCGAUCCUUCCACUUGCCAGAAAUGGGAUGCUGCUCUGGAUGAGUUGAUUACAGCAAAGGAUGCUUUCAUGUCACACUUGGAAGACAGAAGGAUGACAAAAAAGUUCACAAAUGCUUUGAGGAGUAAGCAGCAAACUUUGCCCCAAAUAGGGAUCACCUCAAAUAUGAAAAUCGCCACAUCUCAUGAGAAGAAAAGAAUUCAUGAUUUACUGGAGACCCUUGACUCAGAUGAGUCUGUACAAGAGGCACUCACUCAACUAGAAUUUGCAGCAAGUGCCUUUGCCAUGUCAUUUAAAGAUAAUCAUGACAAGACUGAGGAAGAAAUAAGCAGCUGCUCCAAGGAAGAUGUAUUUGCAAAGAUUCUGUCCAACAAGGGAUCCUCAGAAGGUUAUUCAAGCCUUCAAGGCGAAUUGGCACCUGGAUGAAUGGCAAUAAUAUUGCCUCUGUAAUUGUCAUAUGCUUGUAAAGUUUUCCUAGAGUUAUUCUGAAUGGCUUUCUGUUGAUGUGUUCAUGCUUUUUAUUGUGUUCAAACCAUUUUGUCUGUUUCAAACUAGUCAAUAGACCUAGUUGCUCAAUCAAUGGUCCUACCUGAGCCUGCUCAGAGAUCACAUCAACUUCCCCUUUCUUUAGUUAUUCCCAGAAACAGUGCAAUAUUAUGUGCUAAAUGCCUUUAAGAUAUGGGGACCUCCCUGUGUCAUUCCUUAUAUCAUUUCUGCUUCCAGAGUAUUUGCAGUAUUUGCUGGUUUCCCACCUUUUCUGAACAAGUUAGAGAAAAGGAAAUCUCUUCAGAGGAAUUUGUAACGUUUGUGACCUCAGUACCCUCUCUCUUGGCAUUUCUUGAUGGCAAAUCAAGUCAACAUCCC